AUGGUUCAUCUUUCAUGUAGUAUCCGCUGUACACGUAUAAUCUUGUUCAUAUUAAAUAUUUUAUUUUUGAUUUUUGGUUUUACAUUAUUGGGUUUUGGUAUUUAUGUUCAAGUAAGCAAAAAAUUUGAUAUUGCAUUAUCGGAACAUAUUAAUACAAAAAUUAUUGGAGGAAGUGCUUUAAAAUGGGUAGGUAUAAUUAUGAUUAUUGUUGCUGUUUUUACUAUAUUAUUAUCUGCUUUCGGUUGUUUGGGUGCUGUAUUUAAGAAUCGAGUAUUUUUAUAUUUAUAUGCAGCAAUUCUUAGUCUUCUUAUUAUCACUGAAUUAGCAACAUUUAUUAUCACAUUGACUUAUCGUGUUCGUAUUCGUGAUAGUUAUUAUUCGGGUUUUCGAGAAUUAUUUAUUGAAAUUUAUAGUAAUAAUCAUACAGAUCUUAAAUAUGUUAUAGAAGAUAUAGAACGUGAAUUUAAAUGUUGUGGUAUUGACAAUGUUACAGAUUAUUAUAAACAUAAUUAUACAGUUCCUGUUGCUUGUUAUCAAGAUCAAGAUUUUGAUAAAUCUAUUUUUGAUCAAGGUUGUGCUAAUGUUGUCAUUCAAUGGUUAUGGAAGCAAUUUCCAAUCAUUGGAAGUGUAUUAGGUAGUAUUUUAUUGAUUGAAAUAUUUGGUAUUAUUUCAUCUAUUGCACUUAGUACUGCUAUUUCUCAUUCAUCAUAUAGUGAAAUAUAUAAAUGA